AUGUCUAGCCGCUCGACACGACGACGAUCCGCGCGAAACCGCGACGCCCAAUCCUUGUCCGAUGACGAGCAGCUCAAGACCAACGGCGUUGUCGCCAUGAACGGCAACGGCUCUGCCCACGCCGACCUCGUCGCCAGCAGUGCUGAUGACAAGAAUGAGGAGCGCGAAAACAUUUUUCUCUUUUGGCCCAACCUCAUCGGCUACUCGCGAAUCGUCCUCGCCAUCGCCUCGCUUUACUACAUGCCCCUCCAUCCACGAACUUGCGCGUUCCUCUACAGUAUCUCGUGCUUGCUCGACGCCCUCGAUGGCUAUGCCGCCCGCCUCUUUGAGCAGUCGACCCGCUUCGGCGCCGUACUCGACAUGGUGACCGAUCGCUGCACCACCUCGUGCCUGCUCGUCUUCCUCUCCUCGGCAUUUCCCCGCUGGGCCAUUCUCUUCCAGGCCCUUAUCGCCCUCGACUUUUCCAGCCACUACAUGCACAUGUACGUCACGCUCGUCGUUGGCGGUGCUGACUCGAGCCACAAGAACAUUGACAAGAGCAAGAGCUGGCUCUUGAACCUCUACUACACCAACAAGACCGUCCUCUUCAUCUUCUGCGGUCUCAACGAGCUCUUCUUCAUCGCCCUCUACCUCUUGUCCUUCUCCUCGCCCCUCCUCUCUCCUCACCUCAUCAAGUCAGUCGAGGAGUCUAGCGGCACUCAUAUCCAGGCCGGCGCCCAGAUGAACGCCUCGCUGCUCAAACAGUUCUUCCCCGAUCCCUACAGCGCCGCCGCACUCGAGCUCGCUCGUGCCAACAAGAUGGAUUCUACCGUUCCCUGGAUCCUCGCCGGCAUCAGUUUUCCCAUCAUGUUUGCCAAGAAUGUCAUCAAUGUCGUCCAGCUGGUCAAGGCCAGCAGGUGGCUCGCCGAGGUUGACAUCCAGGCUCGAAAGGCCCAGGGCCUGCCUCGCAAGCCCAAGGCCAAGCGUCUGUAA